UUGUUGAACAGUGUUGGUAAGCUUCUCAAAAAUUUGGUGCAGAAAUCGUUCUGUCGGCGACACACAACCCGCGGAUCUGGCCACACUAACGGAUAUUUUGUAAAUAAAUUGCCAGAACCCCGAAAUGAAUUGUUGCAUUUGCCAGUUUUCUGUGCGCGCCCCCAAAAACAUACACACUGAGACAGUCGGGAAUCCGCCGGUUCUGAUCAGUGAUCUGGUCCUGCAAUGCACCAAGGGCACCGACUACGUCCUGGCCAAGGAGUCGUCGAUGAUAUGUAAGAAGUGCAGCGAAAAACUGACCCGAUACCACAAAUCAAUACAAAUCGCGCGCAAGCUGCGCCAGGAGAUCCUGGAACUCAUCCACAGCCCCUUCCUUGCCAAGGACCUAAACCAUUCGCCGCUGAAGGAUGAUGCGGUGAAGGUCGAACGCAUAGCCAAGUUCGAUGGAAAUAUUGAGGAAGCCGUCGACUUCGAGGAGCAGGAGUUUGAAGAGGAGGAGGAGGAGGAGGGCGGGGAAGACAUGGAUAGCGCCACGGAGACGGAGUUAGUGCACCAAGGUACUAUUGAGGAGGUAGUGGGGGAGGACGAGGAGCACACCUUUGUACUUAAUGAGGCAGACGAAGAAGGCGAAGAUGAGCAGUUCCAGUCGAUGGACCUAGAGUUAGAUAUUGAUAACGAGAUAAUCAUAAAUGAUGAGGCCACGGCCACCCAAGAGGAGGUCGUGCCGCAGACAAAGCAUGAAGCAGAAGAUGCUGAAUUCUUCAAGGAGGACACCAUGAGUGAAUUCGAAGACCAUCUGGACGGCACAAUAGAAUAUAUAAUAUCUGACGCCGAGGACCACGAGCAAGACUUGGACAGUUCAGGUGACUACAUAGUGAACAUCCAGUGCCCAAGCUGUCCAGAGAAGUUUUCUAGCCGGCGCGCCUACAAUGCCCACACAAAACGCGAGCACUUUCCGGGCUACGUCUGUGAUCAGUGCGGCAAAACCCUACAGUCUUACUCGGGAUUCAUUGGCCACCUGCAGAACCACGAGCCAGUGAAGCAGUUCGCCUGCCCCGUCUGCCCGGAACGUUUCAGCCGCAAGUUCAGGCUGAAGCACCACAUGGCCUGGCACACCGGUGAAACGCCCUAUCAGUGCGAGGUAUGCUCCAAGCGGUUCGUUCACAAGGUGGCUCUCUACAAGCACAAGAUGAUCCACGACAACGAGACGAAACGGCUGGAGUGCCAGGUUUGUGGAUUCAAGACCCGCACCAAGGCUCAUCUGGAGCGGCACACUCGCUCUCACACGGGCGACAAACCCUUUGCUUGUCCCGUAUGCAAUAAGCGUUUCUCCCAGAUGUACAACAUGAAGGCCCAUCUGCGGGAGCACGAGAGCCCGGGCACCAAUCGCCACCGACGCUUCCACUGUACGAAGUGCACGCACACGUUCAUAAACGAGCAGAACUACAUAAGCCAUGUGCAGCGCGACGACUGCACGGCAGUCUAGCAAUUGCACGUCCAAUCGAAUAUUGUACAUAUAUGUUUAGAUAUUUCCACAGGGGGUUCAAUUCAAUUCAAGAGGAGCAUACAGCUACAGUACCCUUGCAUGACUACCAUCCGGCUGGAGGGAAACAGCUCAAGGAGUGCAUUACGUUCUAUCCGUGUACUUUUUUUAUUAAAUCUAUAUGC